AUGGGCUCAAAGAGCUCCAAGAACGCUGUCGCUGCGAAUCCCGAAGGCAAGCCACGGUACUGGUACCGAGACAACUUCUUCCUCACCAACGAUAAGGCAUAUCUCGAUCCUCACGCCAUCAAUGCCGUCUUCGAGUCUGACCUCAUGUGGUGGAACGAUCCGCUGCCAGAGGGCCAGAUGCGAAAGAUGAUAUCCAAUUGCAUGACAAUGAGCAUAUACCACGUUCCCGAAUCAGAGAAACAAAUGCAGAAAAGCGGAGCGCCUCGGCGGCCACACGGAUCCGACGUAAAACUCGUCGGCCUUGCUCGCGUCGUAACCGACUACGUCACAUUCGCCUAUCUCACCGACGUCUUCAUCCUUGAAGAGUUCCAGCGCCGCGGGCUCGCCAGCUGGAUGAUGCAAGGUCUCAAAGAACUUGUCGAAGAGUGGCCAAACCUGAGAGGCCUCGUCCUCAUGACUCACGACAAGUCUGCCGCAAAGAUGUACCAACGCGAGCUGGGAGCCCUUGACUGGGACCAAGGUCCAUCUGCGGGCUUGGUGCUGCUGGAGAUGCCGGGUGGUGGCGUAAAAGACAUCCCAGAGGAUCACAAAUGA